AGCUCACUCUGCUCUCCUCUCACUUCACUUUGCUGCAGUCGGAGCUCGUCUGGACUUUGGGAACAGUACUGUUAUUUUAACUGCAUUUUCCAGCUGCAAACAUGGCUCAGAUCAACAUCUGCCUCAAACGCAUCUUCACCGUCUUCAACAUAUUCUUCAUGAUUGUUGGUGGAGUGGUCAUCCUCCUCGCUCUGUGGUGCCAGUUCUUCAUGAGCAUUCGAGGAGGACACAACCUGGAGGGUCGCACCACCCAACUCUUCAUUCUCCACAUUGUUGGUGUCAUCACCAUGAUGAUCGCUGUGCUGGGAGCCUACGGAGCCCACAAGGAGAGCAAAGUGGCCCUGAUCAUGUUCCUAGUGUUCAUGUUCACUGGAUGUCUGCUGAUGCUGAUGACUGGAAUCCCUGCUGCCAGCUCUUAUCCUCAGGUCAAAAGCAGAAUGGAGGAGACAUUCCGCAAGUUUGUUCCUCUGGACAAAUCUCGAAAGGAUGUGAGGAACAUGGCUGAGGACAUUCAGAAACAGUUUCACUGCUGUGGUCUGUUCAGCUCCAAAGACUGGGAGAACAUCCCCGACUCCUGUGUGUGCAGCCAGGAGGAGGAGAAGGAGGGCAAGUGUCAGACUCUCAGAAAAAAUCUUUACCAGAUUUUAACACGGCAGAGGAAGUCCGUCUACAGUAAGACCUGCUUUCCCACCAUCAUGGACUACAUCCAGUUUGAUUACAACAUCAUACUUGUGGUCAGCUUCACUGUGGCUAUUCUAGCUCUACUCGGCAUGAUUCUGUCCUCCAUUAUGAUCCACCAGCUGUAUUACCCCAACAGACCCACCAUCAUGAUCUCCAUGAUGCCACCAAAAUACAAGGAGCUGCACAACGCCCCAGCGUGUUAGUCAAAAUACAAUGGACUUCUUUUCUUUAGCUACCAUGGUGCACUGCCUGUUGUUAGCCCUCAGUCAUAAAAGGCUGAUCGGGUAUUGUCCUAACCCUGCUGGGCGGGCAGACAGUGUGGACACUCAAGUUUGUGAAUGCCAUAACUCGAGAACGAUAGUGGCGCAGGAACUUCUAAGUGAUACCACAGGUGUAUCUCCUAAAAGUCCCUAAAAUGAUUAAAAAAGCAACGCCACAAGUGACAGUGAUGACAUCACUAUAAUUUGAUUUGGUUACUUGCAAUGUUGGAACUUGCAAACCUGGAAUCAAAUUAGUA